AUGAGAGGCGUGUUUGCAUCGGUGCUGCGAUGGCUGGCGAUCCGGUGGCAGCUGACGCUGGCCCGCCCGGCCAGACUGCCCACGGGCGUGGUAUUUAUGAAUAUGGGGGGUCCGCUGACGGUGAAAGAGACCUACGACUUCCUCUUCCGCCUCUUCAGCGACGGCGAUUUGAUCCCGUUUGGCCGCUUCCAGAACAUCUUGGCCAAGUUUAUUGCCACCAGAAGAACCCCUACCAUUGAGAAACACUACGAGGAGAUCGGCGGCGGCUCCCCCAUCCGCAAAUGGUCCGAGUACCAGUGCGGCGAGGUGUGCCGUAUUUUGGACGAAACCAGCCCGGAAACGGCUCCCCAUAAGCCUUACGUGGCGUUCAGAUACGCCAACCCGUUGACGGAGGACACGUUGGUCCAGAUGAAGCAGGACGGCGUCAAGCGGGCGGUGGCGUUUUCGCAGUACCCCCAGUUCUCGUACUCGACGCUGGGGUCGCUGAUGAAUGAAUUGUACCGCCAGACGCUCAAAUUGGACCCCGAGAGACUGAUUGAGUGGUCGUUCAUCGACCGCUGGCCCCAACUUCCCGGUUUGGUCGACGCCUUCGCCAAUAACAUCACCGAUAAGCUCAACGAGUACCCCGCCGCCGUCCGGGAUAAAGUGGUGGUGUUGUUCUCGGCCCACUCGCUUCCGAUGGAGAUCGUCAACCGGGGGGACCUGUACCCGGCCGAGGUCGCCGCCACCGUGUACGCGAUCAUGGAGAAGCUUAAGUUCCUGAACCCUUACCGUCUCGUGUGGCAGUCGCAAGUGGGGCCGAAGCCGUGGCUUGGAGGCCAGACGGCCAAGAUCACCGAGAAACUCGAACAGAGAGACGAUAUCCCCGGGAUCGUGUUGGUGCCCGUGGCGUUCACGCUGGACCACAUCGAAACCCUCCACGAACUCGACAUCGAGCUUAUGGAGGAGUGUAAGAACCCGGAAAAGAUCAAGCGGGCGGAGUCGCUCAACGAUAACCCCGUGUUCAUCGCGGGGCUCGCCGACUUGGUCAAGGACCAUUUGGCUAAAAACGAGCCCUACCUGAACCAGUUGGAGCUCGACUGCCAGCUUGGCGGCGACAAGGCCAAGAACACGUUCGCCCACCCGAAACAGAUGUUUGGUCCUCAAACGAGAUCUUCGUCUACGUAA